GGGCCAGGGAGGAAGGAGUAGGGGGGAGUGGAGCCAUUUAGUGCCGGGCUCUGGGGUCUGGAGUCCCGCUGCCGUUGGUGGCGAGAGGCGGCAGCUGCCUCGGCCAAGAUGGUGUCGUGGAUGAUUUCCCGAGCGGUUGUGUUGGUGUUUGGGAUGUUGUACCCUGCUUAUUAUUCUUACAAAGCUGUGAAGACAAAAAAUGUGAAGGAAUAUGUUCGAUGGAUGAUGUACUGGAUUGUGUUUGCUCUUUAUACAGUUACUGAGACAGUAGCAGACCUAAUGAUCUCUUGGUUUCCAUUGUAUUAUGAGUUGAAGAUUGCUUUUGUUAUUUGGCUGCUCUCUCCAUAUACUAGAGGGGCAAGUUUAAUGUAUAGGAAGUUUCUGCAUCCUCUUCUUUCUUCAAAGGAACGGGAGAUCGAUGAGUAUAUUGUACAAGCCAAAGAACGAGGUUAUGAAACUAUGGUGAAUUUUGGGAGACAGGGUUUAAAUUUGGCAGCUACUGCUGCAGUGACUGCUGCUGCAAAGGGUCAAGGUGCAAUAACUGAACGGUUGAGAAGUUUCAGUAUGCAUGACUUAACAGCUAUUCAAGGAGAUGAGCCAGUGGGACAAAGACCCUAUCAGACUUUACCUGAAACCAAAAAGAAAACCAAGAGUUCUGUCAGUGAGUCUCUGGGUUACAGAAUUCCAUUGAAAAAAGAUUCUGGAGAUGAUAAAACAGAUGAGGAAAUGGAGGGGACACAUUCAGAAGAUGAGAUGUUUGCUCAGAGGGGUCUCCGACGAUCACAAAGCAUGAAAUCUGUGAAAAGUAUUAAAGGCCGUAAAGAGAUACGGUAUGGCUCAUUAAAAUAUAAAGUAAAGAAGAGGCCUGCGGUGUAUUUUUAA